AACGCUUAUAGGCUUUAGGGCUUAGAGAGCUUAGUUUGGAAUAUAGGACAGACUUUCUGGGACAGCGUGCCACCGAGGGACCUAGAAAACUCUAGAAGUUAUGGCCGAUGCGAAACUUCGGCUGAUUUACUUUGACUUCAGAGGACGAGCAGAAAUAGCUCGACUUCUUCUAGCCGCGGCUGGAAAAGAAUAUGACGACGUCCGUUACACGAUGGAAGAAUGGCCACGCAUCAAGCCCACAACACCGUACGGUCAAGUUCCAGUUUUGGAAGUCGACGGGGUUAGGUUCGGAUUAAGUAUUGCCAUAUACAAGUUCUUAGCUCGGGAAUUUAAUUUCUACGGUAAAAACAACAUGGAGCAUUUUAAAAUUGACGAAAUUGUUCAUUUGUACGGGGAUUUUUUCAACACGGUGAUUCGCUUUUGGUUUUACACGGAGGACGAAGACGCCAAGAAUGCUGGCAUCAAAUACUGUAAAGAAACGGAGAGUCCAAAGCUGCUGGGUUUUCUAGAACGGAGUCUGAGAAACAAUGACACCGGGUACUUUGUUGGUGACGGCAUAACCCUGGCCGAUAUCGUGUUGUUGGAUCUAGAGACGGGUUCCCUAGCUACGUUUGUUGACAUCAACAACAACUAUCCGUUGCUGAAGAGGAACCUUCAACUGGUCAGAGGAAAUCACAGGAUCGCAGAUUAUCUGACCCAGCGAAAGGAGGCGCCUUAUUGAGAUGUAAUGCGACAUUUGAUUCUGUGGUUA